AUGGAUAUUAGGCCAUUAGUGCUGGUGCUCCUGGUGUGUGGGCUUGCUUGGGCCUCAAACACAGACCUGGACUAUGGUGGAAUUCCCUUCUGGAUCAAUCGACUGCUAGGAGAGCCGAGUGUUGUAAGCCUGAGGGAUCGUAUGGACCCAAGCUGGUAUAGGGCAGUUAACACCGAAAGCUGUCCACUGCAAUGUGACUGUCCAAUCCAGUGGCCCACAGCACUGUACUGUGACCACAAGGGUCUAAACCAGCUCCCUGAGAGUCUACCAUCUAGGACCCAGUAUCUCUUUCUCCAAAGAAACAAAAUCUCAGGUAUCCCCAGUGGAGCCUUGGUCAAUGUCACCAGGUUGCGCUGGCUCUUCCUGGACUGGAAUCAAAUACACAGUAAAGAUAUAAAUAGCAUGUGGCUGUCCAAUCACACACAGCUAGUGAAUCUCUUUAUGAACCAUAACAACUUGACUGAGGUGCCAACUGGGCUUCCCAGUGGGCUCAGGCAACUGCGACUGGCAUAUAAUCACAUCGAGAAAAUUUCCCCAGGUGCAUUCCAGAAUCUAGGAAAUCUGACACUUCUUCUGCUCCAGGGCAACAGGCUAAAGGCAAUUGGAAAAGGUGACUUUGAAGGCCUCUCAUCUCUGAACUUGCUGGAUCUCAGUCACAACUUCCUAGAUACAUUCCCCAAGUAUCUACCUCCAUCAGUCCAACAGCUUUACCUUUCCAACAACUCAAUGACUGGUGUUUCCGAGGACAGUCUACAAGACUUUAGUAGCCUUCGCUACCUUCGCCUUGGCUACAAUCAGCUGCAGGACAAUGGUCUGGCUUCUGGUGCCUUUAACAUUACUUCAUUGGUUGAGCUUGAUCUCUCCCACAACCUGCUGACCCAAACCCCAGUGGUCCCCACCACCCUCCAAUACCUCUACCUGGAGGCAAAUCUCAUUCAAGCAUUUAACGUCAGCAGUUUCUGCAGGACGUUCGGUCCAACAGAGUACUCCCGCAUGAGGAUCUUGCGAUUGGAUGGCAAUAAACUGGCAUACCACCAGCUGCCUCCUGACUGGGUGUUUUGCCUUCGGGUGCUCCAUCACAUUUAUGUUUAA